AAACGACCCCUAAGUAUUGGUAAGAGCAGGAAUAUUCAGACAAAAGAGAAAAUACCAGAGGGGCAAACAGGACUUUUCCCAAGGGAAGCACCAGUGGCAAUUCAGGCGAAGUUAAUCUCCAAAUAGUAAUCCGUGCGUCUUCUCCGACAACCUAAGACGAUGAUGAUUUAGUUGGAGCUCUGAUCGUCUUCUUCUGGUUUCGAACCGAAGCUUCCAGAAGCUUCUGGAACUAUCGCGAUCUCCUCGGAAAACAAAUAAGUAGAUGUCGUCACCGGACAUUGCCGAAAUGUUGGACAAAUCAAAGGAACUUGAUCGUUUAAGGAAAGAACAAGAGGAAGUACUCCUUGAAAUCAAUAAGAUGCACAAGAAGCUUCAAUCCACUCCAGAAAUGGUUGAGAAACCGGGUGACAGUUCACUGUCAAAACUUAAGAUGUUAUACACUCAAGCCAAAGAGCUCUCCGAGAGUGAGAUGAGUAUAUCCAACCAAUUGCUAGGCCAGCUGGAUGUGUUAAUCCCCGCUGGAGGUGCUGGGCAACAGCGAAGAAGGAUAGAAGGCAACGAGCAGAAAAAGAAGAGGAUGAAAGGUGACUCUGACAUUCCCCGGCUCUCUCCUUCGAUGCGAAAUCAGCAGGAGUUCUUUGCUAGCCUGAAGGGUGAACAGGUGGCUGCUAGGGUCGCGCAAGAGGAUGGUGAAAAGGAUGAGUGGGUCAUUGUUAAAGUUACUCACUAUGACAAAGAAACAAAAGAAUUUGAAGUUCUAGACGAGGAGCCAGGUGAGGAUGAGGAAGGUGGUGCCCAGAGAAAGUACAAGCUACCCUGGUCACAUAUUAUACCUUUUCCCAAGAUAAGUGAUCUUGCGACCACUCAAGAAUUCCCUCCUGGAAAACAAGUUUUGGCAGUUUACCCAGGAACCACAGCCCUGUAUAAAGCCACAGUAGUCCAGGCUCGCAAGAGGAAGACCGACGAUUAUACACUGGAGUUUGAUGAUGACGAGGAAGAUGGGUCUCUACCUCAGCGCUUGGUGCCCUUUAACCAGGUUGUUGCUCUUCCAGAUGGACAUCGCCAGUGAAAUAUAGUAGUUAUUUAUGACUCUUAACACGUCCAGAGUUGCUAGAUUUGGACCGUCUGCUGUAUGUAUCUAGUCUUAUAAGGGUGAGUUGUUGAACCUAUUAGCAUUUAGUGGCAUUGCUACUUAUCCAAAAAAAAAAAAAAAAAUUAUCUUUGACGUGCAAUGUAUUUAUCAAAAAUAUCUUUGUUGUACGAUAUGUCUAGUAUUCUAGUGUUCUUGCUGUACAGUAUUGGACAUGAAAAUAAAAUCCUAGUAGUAUUUUGAGCUGUAAA